AUGGCGCGGAAAAUUAGGGAGGAUUACAGCGAGAUCAGCGCAAUGAAUGGAUCCGAGGGCCUGCGGGGCAGCGGCGCCGGGAGCGGGCUGGCCGGGGAAGGGGAAGGGGGAGGGGGUGUCUCCCAGGCGGAGGAUCAAAGUGCGUGGGAGGGAGGGGAAGGGCAGGCAUCCGCGGGCGGUGGGAGGGGCGCGUCCCCACCCUACGCCCGCUCACCACCCCGCUCUCGCCCACAGGACUUCACGCUGGAUUUCUACUUCCGGCAGUUCUGGACAGACCCGCGGCUGGCCUUCCGCAAGCGGCCGGGCGUGGAGACGCUCAGCGUGGGCUCCGAGUUCAUCAAGAACAUCUGGGUGCCCGACACGUUCUUCGUGAACGAGAAGCAAUCCUACUUCCACAUCGCCACCACCAGCAACGAGUUCAUCCGAAUUCACCACUCGGGCAGCAUCACCCGUAGCAUACGGUGA